UCAAGCACGAAGGUUGUGGUAGCCUGUGAAUAGCAUCAUGUCUGGACGUGGCAAGCAAGGCGGCAAAGCAAGAGCUAAGGCGAAGACUCGCUCUUCCCGCGCUGGACUGCAGUUCCCCGUGGGUCGUGUGCACCGUUUGCUGCGCAAGGGGAACUACGCGGAGCGCGUUGGGGCUGGGGCGCCCGUCUACCUGGCUGCAGUGCUGGAAUACCUGACGGCGGAGAUCCUGGAGUUGGCCGGGAACGCUGCCCGAGACAACAAGAAGACCAGGAUCAUCCCUCGCCAUUUGCAGCUCGCCAUCCGCAACGACGAGGAAUUGAACAAACUCCUGGGCAAAGUCACCAUCGCCCAAGGAGGCGUCCUGCCUAACAUCCAAGCUGUUCUCCUGCCCAAGAAGACCGAAAGCCACAAGGCAAAGGCCAAGUAAGUUUCUCCAGGGACUUUGGAGAAACUCCAGGAACGUAAAAACCCAAAGGCUCUUUUAAGAGCCACCCACAGUUUCAGAAAAGAACUGAUUUUGAU